AUCAACAGUUUCGAGUAUAAAAAUUAUUGGCUGACUUUUUAGUUAUAGUCUGGCUGACUUCAUCGGAAAGUGCAGAAGUCAGAAGAUACCACGAUGCGUUGGUUGUACGUUUUCGCUUCAGUUUGCGCGUUCAGUAUCUUGAGCGUGCAAGCUGCGCCAAACGCCAAGCCCAAAGAAGUUAGUUGGGAUAAGAGAAGCAACGACCCUAACGGCUACAGUGAGCAGAGUUACGACAAGAAGACCGACGCCAACGGAAACACAAGCACACAACAGAACAGCUCCAGCGAACACUCGUAUCAUACGGCAUCGGGAUCAGAAGAAAGCCAAUCCAGUUCCAGUAGUCAAUCCAAUUCCAGCUCUUCCUCACACAGCAAUUCUCAAGAACGUUCCAGCAGUUCCUCUUCAAAUAGCAAUAGUUCAAGUUCUUCUGAGAGUUCUAGUGAACAAAACAAUGCUGCCUCUGCAAGCAACGCACAAAGCAAUGCAGCUUCUGCAAGCAACGCACAACAGAGUAGCAGUAAUGCACAACAAUCAAGCAAUUCCGCUGCAGCUAGCAACAGCAAUAGUUCCAGCUCCUCUCAGAGUUCAAAUGGACAAAACAAUGCAGCUUCCGCAAGUAAUGCGCAGAGCAAUGCAGCUUCUUCCAGCAACGCACAACAAAAUAAUAGUAAUGCACAACAAUCAAGCAAUUCCGCUGCAGCUAGCAACAGCAAUAGUUCAAGCUCUUCUCAGAGUUCAAACGGACAAAACAAUGCAGCUUCCGCAAGUAAUGCGCAGAGCAAUGCAGCUUCUGCCAGCAACGCACAACAAAGUAGCAGUAACGCACAACAAUCAAGCAAUUCCGCUGCAGCUAGCAACAGCAAUAGUUCAAGCUCUUCUCAGAGUUCAAAUGGACAAAACAAUGCAGCUUCCGCAAGUAAUGCGCAGAGCAAUGCAGCUUCCGCUAGUAACGCACAACAAAACAGUAGUAAUGCACAACAAUCAAGUAAUUCCGCUGCAGCUAGCAACAGCAAUAGUUCCAGCUCCUCUCAGAGUUCAAAUGGACAGAACAAUGUAGCUUCUGGCAGCAACGCCCAAAGCAGUGCAGCGUCCACAAGUAGUGCACAACAAAAUAGCAGUAAUGCUCAACAAUCAAAUAGUUCUACUGCAGCUAGCCAGAGUGCAAGCUCCUCUCAGACUUCUAGCGCACAAAACAACGCAGCUUCUGCAAGUAAUGCACAGAGCAAUGCAGCUUCUUCAAGUAGCGCACAACAGAACAGUAGCAAUGUUCAACAAUCAAGCAAUUCUGCUGCAAGUAGCCAGAGUUCUAGUUCUUCUCAAAGUACUAAUGCACAGAAUAAUGCAGCUUCUGCCAGCAACGCACAAAGCAGUGCAGCUUCUGCAAGUAACGCACAACAAUAUGCCAGUAAUGCUCAACAAUCAAGCAGUUCUACUGCAGCUAGUCAAAGUGCAAGCUCUUCUCAAAGUUCUUAUGGUCAAAACAAUGUCGUUUCUGGAACAAGUGCACAAAGCAAUGCAGCUAGUGGUUCUCAAUCAGGCGUUGUUGCGGCAAACAACGCACAGUCUUCAAGCAGCGCCCAAAGCUCGUCGAGUUCUUCAUCUACGAGCGAUUCUGAUAGAUUAACGUAUUCAACAUGGGAAGAGUUAUGGCGACUGUGGAAGUUAUGGAAUCAGGAGAGAGCACAGAGCCAAGCUAGCUCCAGUAGCGCUGCGCAAAGCACAAGCUCCUCACAAAGUUCCAACGGACAGAUUAUCGUAGCUCCUGCUAACAGUGCACAGAGCAGUGCAACUUCUGCAAGCAGCGCACAGAGUAACGUAGGUCCUGUAAACGGCGCACCGAAUAAUAUAGCUCCUGCUAAUAGUGCACAGAGCAGUGCAACCUCUGCAAGUAGCGCACAGAGCAAUGUAGCUCCAGUUAACAACGUACAAAGCAGUGCCAUUUCUGCAAGCAACGCACAAAGUAGUGCUACUUCUGUAGGCACUGCACCCAAUAAUGUAGCACCUGUUAGCAAUGCACAAAGCAGUGCAGCUUCUGCAAGCAAUGCACAGAGUAAUGCAGCUGCAACUAAUACACAAAGCAGUGCUGCUUCUGCAAGCAGUGCACAGAGUAAUGCAGCUGCAACUAAUGCACAAAGCAGUGCUGCUUCUGCAAGCAAUGCACAGAGUAACGCAGCUGCAACCAAUGCACAAAGCAGUGCUGCUUCUGCAAGCAGUGCACAGAGUAAUGCAGCUGCAAGUAAUGCACAAAGCAGUGCUGCUUCUGCAAGCAGUGCACAGAGUAAUACGGCUGCAACCAAUCUACAGAGCAAUACAGCUUCUGCAAGCAAUGCACAAUCUUCAAGCGCUGCGCAGAGCUCAUCAAGUAUCGUCACUCAACCUAACGCAGUAACAUCUAGUGGUGCAUCAUCCAGCGCUGCAGCGUCCAGCAGCAGUUCUGCAUCAAGCAGCAGUGCAAGUUCUGCAUCGAGCGUUGUUAGACCUGUGGGCAGAAUUUGCAUUUGCUACGAUAGGGUCGAAAACAUUCCUUGGAACGUUCGUAGACAAGUCAACGUUUGAGAUUAUUAAGAACAUUUGAGAUGUUACAAUUUAUUAUAUUAAAAAAAAAUCCAUCACACCUACAUUUAUGUAUAUAUUUUUAUUUAACUAAAUGGUUUAUAGACAAUCGACCAGGCGAUCUUAAUUGACUAAAGUUGUUUAACUUACUUUCCUAUAACGAUGCAUUUUGUUUUUUUAAUAAAUUCAUAAAAAAAUUUGUAUUCCUAUUGAAAAUUUUGUUUUCUUUUUAAUAAACUUUCUGUGCAAUUAAAAA